CGAGUCACUCAUUCUCUCACGAAAACGAGCGACCUUCUCCAACCAUCGUUUUGACUGUACAGCUACAGGUGAACUCUCCGUUGGAAGUGUGCAUACCAAACCCUUCGAGCGAACCAUGAAGUUUCUGCUGCUGUGUCUGUGUGUUGCCGUGGCCAAUGCCGGCCUGGCUCCACUCAUUACUUCCAAUAGUCGCACUGUGCCUGACAGCUGGAUCAUCAAAGUCAAGGAUGUGCAGGAGAUUGAUCGCAUCGAGAAAGAGAUCAAGGAUAUCCUUGUAGUGAUGCGUGCCGCGGAGCCCACCGUCGACAAGUACGAACACAUCCUGCCGGGUUUGUCCCUCAAGAUUCCAGCUCGCGCUCUUAACGUGGUGCGUGGUAUUGAAGGCAUCGAGUACAUUCACGAGGAUGUGAUCGGAACCAUCUACGGCUCGCAAUCCGGCGCAACGUGGGGCAUCGAUCGUAUUGACAGUCGCACUGGAACUAAUGGUGUCUACAAUUACAACAGUAAUGCUCAAGGCAGCGGGGCGAGCUUCUUCAUUGUGGAUACUGGAAUCCGCACAACUCACCAAGUGUUCGGUGGACGAGCCUCCAGAGUCUACGGAGCUACUGACGAUCAUGGGCACGGGACCCACUGUGCCGGCACUGCUGGAGGUGACAUCUACGGUAUCGCACGUAAAGCCAAUGUCUACAGCGUAAAAGUCUGCAACUCCUGGGGCAGCUGCCCAACUUCAACGGUCCAAGCUGGCUUGAAUGCGAUCGUGAGCCAGUUUGGCACGGGCAACGGCAAGGGAGUGGUGUCAAUGUCUCUUGGCUUUUCGAAGAACUCCCAGAUGGACAAUAUGGUCAACGACAUGCUUAACAAAGGCUACACUGUAUCCGUUGCUGCUGGCAACGAUAACGCCAAUGCCUGCAACGUCUCCCCCGCCAAUGUUCCUGGGUGCCUCACUGCCGGUGCCUCAACCUCCAGUGAUUCUCGGGCGUAUUUCUCCAAUUGGGGCUCGUGCGUGGACCUGUUUGCUCCGGGCUAUAACAUUGUCAGUGCUAGCUACUCCUCUAACACUGGAAGUGCAACCAUGUCGGGAACAUCCAUGGCUUGCCCUCACGUGACUGGUGCCGCCACUGUUUACUUGGGUUCGAACCCAGGUUCCUCCCCAUCGGCCGUCCAUUCUGCCAUCGUGAAUGCUGCCACCAAUGGCGCCAUUUCUGACACCAAAGGGACUCCCAACAAGUUGCUCUACGUCGCGCCUUAACUUCAUACCAGCGACGUUGGGCAUGUGAUACUCCAAGGAUCACUCAACAAGAUUUGAGAGGCUUAAGAUGCAGAAAUCAACGAUGGAUCAAGACUCUACUGGAUAGCACUGAUUGUUUGAAGCAUUUUGCAACAUUUUACCACACUGACCCUGUCACUGCAAACGGCCAUAUCUUCUCAAUGAAAAUACAAACCAAGACAAAGUCAAUGUCCUGGGCUAAUUAACUAACAAAGUUUUCUCCGAACAUGUAUGUUCAUAAGAGUACCUCACCUUUAAAUUCUACCCGCUUUAUAAAUUCUACCUAAGUCAUGAAUCAUUCAGUUGGUCAACACCAGACACCCUGAAAUGACAUCAACGAAAGGAUAAUCUUGAAGGUUGCUAAUAGAGACAAAAACGAAGAUUCUUAAACCAUUAAUUUUGAGCAUUUUGAAGAAAAAAAGCCUCUUAAUAAAAAGUACAUGUAACUUGCAUAAUGAUA